AUGUUCAAGUCAUUCGCUAGAUCAUCAGCCUCUUUGCUCAAGACCAACAGCAGCAGCGUUGUUGGCAGAAGAUCGUUCGCCACCGAGACCGCCAACGAGGAGCUCUUGACUUUCUCGUUCAUGGUGCCACAUCAGAUCCUGUUCAAGGAGAAGCGUGUGCAGAUGCUCACACUGCCAGGCGCCCGCGGCGUGUUUGGUGUGCUCAAGAACCACAUCCCAAAGAUUGCCGAGUUGAAGCCAGGCGUCGUCCAGGUGCACCACGAGUCGGGCGACAUUGAGAAAUACUUCAUCAGCGGAGGCUUCGCCUUUAUCAACCCAGACGCUUCAUGCUACAUCAACGCCGUCGAGGCCGUCCCCGUCGACCAGCUCGACGCCGCCGAGGUCAAGACCGGUCUGGCCCGCUACACUCAACUCUACAACGAAGCCGCCGACGAGACUGCCAAGGCUACCGCCUUGAUCGGUCUGGAGGUUCACCAGCAGAUGGCAUACGCUGUCGGUGUUGCUCUUUAA